AUGGUUCAACUCAAUGGAAACACGCCCAAGAUCACUCUAUACACCAACCAUCGUUGCCCUUGGGCGCAUCGUGCACACAUUGUGCUAAAGGAGUUGGGCCUUCCCUACGAGGAAGUCAUCAUUGAUUUGGGCAAGCCGCGAGAGCCAUGGUACCUUGAAAUCAACCCUCGCGGUCUUGUUCCUGCGAUUAAUUUCAACGGUGAGAUCAUCACAGAAUCUGGCGUCGUUGCAACGUUCUUGGCCGAUGCGUACCCUUCGCACGUCCUCCCCGCAGCAGGAUCCCCAGAUGCUGCCUUGACCAGGGCAAGAAUCAACUUCUUCGUUGACACUUGGUUUAGCAAGGCGGGCAGCUACUUCUACAAGAUUUUGAUGUCGGGUUCUGAAGAUGAGAAAGCGAAGUUGAGCCAGGAAUUUGUGGAUGUAGUAGGCAAGGAGAUUGAACCGCUCUUGAAAGACGCGAAGCCAUUCUUUGGUGGAAGUCAGAAGGUCACGUUGGCUGAGGCACUGACAGCACCAUUCAUCAUCCGAACAUAUGCCAUGGCCAAGAACGAACUCCUCCCAAAGUCUGUCACAUCCGGCCUUGACGCACUGCCCAACUUCUCGAAAUGGGCCGCCGAAGUCGUCAAGCAGGACAGUGUGACGUACAUCUGGGACGAGGAGGCAGUCAUCGAUGGUACACGAAAAAGGAUUGAGAGCCAGAAGGCAGCUUCCAAGUGA